GGGGACCUCUGCACGAGACCGAGUGGCCCGGGUUUGAGCGCCCAGCUCCACAGCGGAUCAUGGUGCAGCAGGCGGAGAGCUUGGAAGCGGAAAGCAACCUGCCCCGGGAGGCGCUGGACACAGAGGAGGGCGAAUUCAUGGCUUGCAGCCCGGUGGCCCUGGAUGAGAGCGACCCGGACUGGUGCAAGACGGCGUCGGGCCACAUAAAGCGGCCGAUGAACGCUUUCAUGGUGUGGUCCAAGAUCGAGCGCAGGAAGAUCAUGGAGCAGUCUCCGGACAUGCACAACGCCGAGAUCUCCAAGAGGCUGGGCAAACGAUGGAAAAUGCUGAAGGACAGCGAAAAGAUCCCGUUCAUCCGGGAGGCGGAGCGGCUGCGGCUUAAGCACAUGGCCGACUACCCCGACUACAAGUACCGGCCCCGGAAAAAGCCCAAAAUGGACCCCUCGGCCAAGCCCAGCGCGAGCCAGAGCCCGGAGAAGAGCUCCGCGGGAGGCGGCGGCGGUGGCGCGGGCGGCAGCGCGGGCGGCGCCAAGACCUCCAAGGGCUCCAGCAAGAAAUGCGGCAAGCUCAAGGCCCCCGCGGCCGCCGGCGCCAAGGCCGGAGCAGGCAAGGCGGCCCAGCCGGGGGACUACGGCAGCGCUGGCGACGACUACGUGCUGGGCAGCCUGCGCGUGAGCGGCGCGGGCGGUGCCGGCGCGGGCAAGACGGUCAAGUGCGUGUUUCUAGAUGAGGACGACGAAGACGACGAGGACGAAGACGAGCUGCAGCUAAGGAUCAAGCAGGAGGUGGACGAGGAGGACGAGGAGCCGCCGCACCAGCAACUCCUGCAGCCACCCGGGCAACAGCCGCCACAGCUGCUGAGACGCUACAACGUCGCCAAAGUGCCCGCCAGCCCUACGCUGAGCAGCUCGGCCGAGUCCCCCGAGGGCGCGAGUCUCUACGACGAGGUGAGGGCAGGCGCGACCUCCGGCGCUGGGGGCGGCAGCCGUCUCUACUACAGCUUCAAGAACAUCACCAAGCAGCACCCGCCGCCGCUCGCGCAGCCCGCGCUGUCGCCCGCGUCCGCGCGCUCGGUCUCCACUUCGUCUUCGUCCAGCAGCGGCAGCAGCAGUAGCAGCAGCAGCGGCGAGGACGCCGACGACCUGAUGUUCGACCUGAGCUUGAAUUUCUCCCAAAGCGCGCACAGCGCCAGCGAGCAGCAGCUGGGGGGCGGCGCGGCGGCGGGGAACCUGUCCCUGUCGCUUGUGGAUAAGGAUUUGGAUUCGUUCAGCGAAGGCAGCCUGGGCUCCCACUUCGAGUUCCCCGACUACUGCACGCCGGAGCUGAGCGAGAUGAUCGCGGGGGACUGGCUGGAGGCGAACUUCUCCGACCUGGUGUUCACGUAUUGAAAGGGGCGCCCGGCUUCUCGCUCUUUCUCUCGGCGGGUGCAGGGUUCCUUGGGAGGAAGUCAUGGUGGUCAGGAUAAUGAUGAUGAUGAUGAUGAUGAUGAUGGUGUUAGUGGUGUUUAAUGGUGGUGGUGGUAGGGUGGGGAGAGAAGAAGAUGCUGAUGAUAUUGAUAAGAUGUGACGCAAAGAAAUUGGAAAAGAUGAUGAAAAUUUUGGUGGAGUUAAAGUGAAUUGAGUAGUUUUUAUAUAUUUUUCCUCUCCUUUUUUUUGUUCCCCCUCCCUUCUUUUAUCGUGUCUCAAGGUAGUUGCAUACCUAGUCUGGAGUUGUGAUUUUUUUCCCCAAAAAAAUGUGUUUUUGUAAUUACUAUUUCUUUUUCCUGAAAAUCGUGAUUGCAACAAAGGCGGAGGGGACGGGGCGGGGGAGGGGAAGGAGGACCCGCUCCGGAAGGCGCUGUUUGAAGCUUGUCGGUCUUUGAAGUCUGGAAGACGUCUGCAGAGGACCCUUUUGGCAGCACAACUGUUACUCUAGGGAGUUGGUGGAAAAUUUUUCCCCCUUAGGAGAUCUUAAAGAACUGGUGAUUUUUUUUUAAAGCAAAAAAAGAAAAGAAAAAAGAAAAAAAGGGACCAUUGCAACUUUUUAUUUCAUUUUAUUUUUUUGGAGGGAGAAAACUGAUGUCUUCUAUGCAUCCGAUUCUUAAUAAAACUGCAGGGAGCUUGAAAAAAUGCAGACUGUACAAACGCUUACAAAAAAAAAAAAACUGUGAACUGAUUUAAGAUCAGAGUUUACUUUUCAGAUCAAAUUGUUUAUGGUUUUACAAAUGUGAUUUCUACUUGCCAACUUUUUUUUUGUAACUUGUUCCCUUAUACCUCCUUGAUUGAAUACCAGACAGCCUAGACCUCAGUACAAAAGGUAUUGAAACAUUUUUGAUACAUAACAGACCUCAGUCUUUUUUAAAAAUUAAUAUAUUUUCAGGCGUAUUUUUGUACAGUGAAAAGGGAACAUUCUUGCUGUGUUUUUUCAGUAAGACUUUCAGGCACUUCUUCCCUUUUGAUUUCUUUUUUUCCUGAUUUUUUUUUCUUUUUUCUUCUAUUUUUUUUAAGCAUGCAAAUAUGUUGGUACGUUAUGUCCUGGUUUAAAAAGGAUUAAAAUUUUUAAGUAAUCCUUGCAUCUAAAGGCCUUGUGGUUUAAAAAAAAAAAAGCAAAAUUUUUUUUUGUACAGCUAUAGUAGAGAUUUGUUCAAUAUUUGUAGGUAAAGAUUUAUUGAAAAUGGCGAUAUAGACCUCAGAGCUGUUACCUAGUUUGAAGAUUGUAUGUACUGUACUAUGGUAGGAGUUUAUGUAUCUCAUACGCUGUGCUAUGUGGUGGGGCCCCAGGUGGAAGGUUUGAAACUGGAUUCUCAAUUUUUAGCAAAAAAGAAAAAAAAAGGCACAUAGUUUAAAAAGUUUCUCAUUUUGUGCAAUAUAAUCUAAAUAAAGUACAGACCAUCUGCAUAUUUUGUAGCAAAUGGUGGCAAAGCAGACUCAAUGCACUGUCGACAUCAUUGCCUGUUUUUUUUUUUGUUUGUUUGUUUUUUGUUUUUUUUUUAUUUUAUUUUAUUUUUUGUGCUGGAAGUCUGUAUCUUGACAAUUUAAUAAAUCAGCUGGAACUGAUAGAAAUUCACAUCUCCCAUAGUCUCUAUGGAAGUCAAACUGGAGGUCCUGUUGUCGCAGCGCAUUCGGUGGUGAGGCUGUUGUGUGCGCGGAUGAGGGGUAGCAGAAGAGAUUUUUUUACAUUUAGAGUGGUUAGGCUGAAAAGUGUUCAAUUGGCAGGCAGAAUUUUUCCUCUUCCUCCCGCUAGUUGUGCAAGACAGGGGAAGAGUUUUCUCUGCCUUCCCUUUCCUUGUCCCCACCCCCACCCCACCAUUUCCUUUCUCACCUCCUCCCCUCCUCCCAGCCCUUCAACCACCCACCCCCGCAGGCAGGCGGGCUGCGCGGAAGGCUCAGCUGCUGGCCGGGGAGGGGCGCCUUUGGAGAGGACGGGAUUGCCAGCUCCUUGGCUCUGGGUCAUGCGCUGGCUAGGAGAUGGACGUUCUCUGCGCGGGUCUGCGUACCCGUUGUGCGUCGCGGUGACGGCCGCCCUUGGGCAGCGAGCUUUCUGCGUGCUCCGAUCCUCUCCGCUCCCCUUCAGAGGGUGGAGACAACUGUUUCUAGUUUUGAAUUUUUUUUUUUACGUUGCAUCUUUGCGUGUGCGCAGAGGUGAAGCUGGUGGCGAACAACGCCGCUGUUCUUGAUCUCUAGCUGUGAUGAGCAAAAGGGGGUGAAGGUUGGGGAGAAGGUGUCAGUUUCGGCCUCCCCCCCUCUCCCCUGGAACCAUGGAGCUGUGGGGGAGCUGAGGAUGGAGGACGCCUAGGGGCCUCAGGGCGCGGCGAGGUAGACGUAGCGAGCGAGCGGGAGCCUGGCGAACGAGGAUGCGGCGGGUUGGGUGGAGGGACGCAGCACGGCCACUGUGCGACGCGAACCGCGACCUGAGUGCCCGUGUGGACUUGACAGCGGCUAAAUGUAAGGGGGCCAAAGGGCAGAGCUUCGGUACCAUUUCUGGCUCUCCUUGCCCCGCCGCCGUGAGCGCUGGGGCGCAUGCCGCUGCAGAUUCUGCAGGCGCGUGGGGAUGGACACCCGUGCUGGUGACUCCAGCCCCUGGUAGGAAGGGGAGCCACUGGGCCGUGGGGUGGGAGGAAGGGAGAGAGCAAACCCGGGGAGGAAACGCCUGCCGCACCCGCGCGCCCCGGGCCUUCACCACGCCUGCCCUGUGGGCGGGCUCUUAGGCCGCCCGGGAACCAGCUCCCUGCGGGCCCCGGCGAGAAAGGUGGCUCCGCAUCUUGAUUGUUUUCCCAGAACGGCCGACUCGGGGCUCCGAGGUUGGCGGCGGAGCGGGCACGAUCCACAGAGCGCGCGCUCCCUGCUCUCUGGGGACCGUUUGCCUGGCCAGCCCAACCCCAUCCCCUUUUCACACCCGGAUCUGUCCUGGAGCCUUGCACAGGCCCUGGCUGGCAAGAGUAACCGGGCACGCGCGCCCCGGCCCCUCUUCGGUGCCUUCACCUCCUCUCCCUGGGGGCCGCGCGGAGGUAGGCGGGGAGGCGAGUAGGGGCCCUGCGCGCCAGCCACCCAGCUCAGCUCCCCGAGCCGCGGCGCCUACAAUGGAGGAGGUUUGCAGUGGCUAAUUGAAACUCGGUGCAAAAUCACUACGGCUCUAACCUACUGAAUUGAUUUACCAAGACCUGGCCUUCCAUUUCGUUGAGAUUUGGUGAAACCUAGGGGAAGGGUCCGCACUGUAACCGGAGCUGCUGAGCCAAAGGGGCCCCGCGCCCGGCUCUCCUCCCCUCCCUCUGCCCUGCGCCUGGCGCAGCCCCUCCCCCUCCGCGCCCGCCGCGGGCUCGGGCCUCAGCGACCUCCGGCGGCUGCGGGCGAGCCUCCCCGCCCCCACCCGGGAUGCGCGGCCAGCGGCUGGGGCUGCGGACCCACGGAUGUCUGUUCGGUGGCUUCUCCUUUCCGUGAACCUCAGAUUGCAGUAGUACUCUUGGGAAAAGAAAGGGCUGAUGGUGCUCAGUUCGGAACUCAGUUUCUCAGUUGUUUACCGCGUUCUCUCCUCUCCCCCAAAUGGUCGACUAAUGUAGCCGUCGGUGGGACAUUUGUUUGAGCCACGAAUAAUUCAACCAGCGGUUUACAGUUGACAUUUUCUCUUGCUGGUGAUUUUACGUGGCGGCCCUCUGCUGCAGUUCUAAAACUUACUGAAAACAAACGCUUUUAUAAGGCUGAUUCUAUGUAUUUGGCAGAUCUUGAAAUUUUGCAUGUGUUUUAUGUUUUAAAUAUAGAUGAAUCUUGGGCAUUUUCUGUGGUGAGGCAUAAAUUAGUGAUAUGUAAUAAUUUGACUUAAGAAUGGAAACACGAUCACGACUUUUUUUUUUCCAGCUAUGUGGCCGAAGUUUUGGUAGGAAAAUAAGACAAAAGUAGGUGGUUGGCGAUUAAAAUUAAAAACCUAUUAGAACUCAGGACAGGCGCUUAAUUGCGCUUUUAACAAUAUUUAAGGCUGUUUUUAUGAAUGCAUUGUGAAAAUCACUCCAGUGAAUUCUUUCUUGAAUGUCUAGAACAUAAUAUAAUACACAAGGUAUUCUUGCCACUGGAUAGGUUUCAAUAAAGGUUUAAUUCCACUCACCCCACCCCACCCCUUUUUUUUUUUUUUUUUUUUUUUUUUGUCUCUUAAGUAAGUCUUCUUUUUAACUGAGCAUUGACAGAAUAUCUUGAAAUGGUAACCAAGGGGUGGGGUGGUUGUCCUGUGCACAGCAGCCUUGCCAGUUGGGUAUCCUGCUGUUGAUAACUAGUUCACAGACCGAAUGCAUUUUAUUAAGAUUUCCAUCUUUAAGAAUUUAAACCAGCAUUCUCUUAUUAAUUAUUGCUAUGGAAAUACUUUCCAGUUCUUACACUCUGAUAUGCAUCCCUUUUAUUAAAAAAAAAUGCUAAUAAAAGGCAGUGUACUUAAACUGUGCUUUGCAACUAUUAUGUAUGUUAUGAAUGACUACAGUCACUGGGCAAAUUAUUUGUAGAAUGAUUAUCCUUUAGCUAGAAAAAAGUCAUUGCAAGUCUUGGGCAGAAAUGUUUCUUUUUAAUGUUAAUCAAGGGGAAGUGAUUUGAAUAUGCAUGCAUGUAGCAGUCAGGAUGAUUUAGGUUUUUUUUUUUUUUUGGUGAGAGAAAAGACUCAAAAGGCAAGACUUAGUUUUUCUCUGGGAAUCUCAACUCAUCUUGAUACUUGUAUGGUACAAGAAAUGUACAUUUUUCACUUCAGAAUUUAAAUGAGUUUUGCCCAAGGAAUCUGAGAAAUAAAACAAAUAAGUUGCUCUAUUUUCAAGUAGUCAUUCAAUAUAAAUAUAUUAUAUCAUUCUUAACUUUUUUAUUCUCUGAUAUGGUUAAUGAUAUGUAUAUUCUUACUUUUUCUCCUAAUGGGCAUAUGUAUCUUUGUGGACACUUUGGAGAGAGGUUUUCUUGGACUCUCCCAUUUAUAGAAUCUUUAUACUCUUUUACUGCGAGGUCCUCUGCUUUUAACAGAUUUCUGAGGCAACUAUAUUUGUGCUUUUUUCUUACGUAGGAAGACCAGCGAAAAUAGUUUACUGAGUUGUCGAUUUUAUCAGUAGAUAAGAAACUUUCUUUAUUACAGUUUCAGGGAAGAUUUUUUCAGGAUAUUUCUCAGUUAUUCUAAGGGCCAAAUUUUAUAAAAUUUCCAUUAGGAAUGUCAGUUUCCAAUACCCUUUGUAUAGCCUACGGCCUGUGGGGAUAACACGAAUGAGCCUUACGUGUCCUAACACAGGAAUUUACAAGUUCCCAAAGCAACCGUCUCCACGUCAUAACUCCUGACAUGCUUUUCUGAGAUUGGGCUUAUUUUAAUUACCGAUUCUUUCUCACUGUUCAUUCUAUUUGAUUUAUUCCACCGAGUCCCCUUUGAUUUGAUGAUCUGAAAAAUUCUGCUCUUUGAUAACAACUCAGGUUUUGGGUUUCCUCCCCCCUUUCUGUGGAGCCUGUGUUUUCCAACCACAAUAAAAGUUAAACCGAAUGUAAGAGACCACACUCUCUUCCAUUUUCCUUACUGCUGGCUUUUUUUCUUGAUUUUAACAUACCUUCAUUGUUUUCCAUUGUAUUUUUUUAACACUACCUAUAUCCAUUAGCUGCCUAAUUAGUUUAUCUAUUCCAUGUGGAUGCAGUGAGUUUAUAAGAGAAUUUCACAAACAAGUAGUUUUUUAGUGAACUUAAAAUAAACAGAAUUUUAAAGGAGACCUAUUUUUAUACUCAAGAAAAGCACAAAAGUGCAGAAAGUAUAAAAUGGCUUACAAAGGGAAACAUAAGUUCAUAAUGUUCAUGUAUAAAAGUAAUAAUUUUAUCGGUAGAGAGAUUCUUUCCAGACCCAGUACCUCUGUCGGUGCACAGAUAGGAUGGUUUGACACUGUUUGGGGACUUCUGGUCGCUGCAGUUGAAAACAGACAACUUUGUGGGCAAAACAAGCCACAGACAGCAGCAGGGCCAUGUUGAGAGGUGGCUCUAAGGAGCAACUGCUGGAUCAAAGCAGCCUGGAUGUGCACAUGUGGAGGCUUCAGUCUCACUGUUUGAUCAAACUUCUUUUACGCAGUCACGUAGACUUGAUUUUCUCUCCUGUAAAAAAUGACAAAAUACAGCAAUAUGACAACAAGUUUGAAGACGUAUACAAAAUAGAAAUUCCUCCAGGGUCCUCAAAGAGAUUUUUUUAAUGUGACGGUUAUUUUACUAGAGAGGUUACAUUCCGCCUUCUCAAAAAGAGCAACUGGAAAUAAUCACAUACCAUAGAAAGAAUUUUGAUCAAAUGGAUCUUGACAAAGGGCCCUCUAUCACAUUUUUCUUCACCCAGUUUAUGUUCACAAACAGUACGCCUCAUCCCUCGGGUCACACAGGGAGACGUUGUACGCCACUGUCCUCGGUUUCCCUCUUGUGUACUUUUGCUCUUGUACAUAUGUUGUGGGUUCAGAGUCUUUUGCAUUUGUUCUGUGACACCUUUGUUUGAAUGGACUGUUUUAAAACGGAGGCCUGUUUUUCAGGUUGGGGACUCCUAGUGGCCAUGGUGUCCUGCAGUGCUCCGAGGCGGCCACCAGGACAGGCGGUCUGAGCCGUCUUCAGCAUGACACUGUUGGGCCACACAGGAAACUGACUUUCAGAGCCACUCCAGGUUUGGGAGCGGAAAGCCGCAAAGCCCUUUGUGUAGAAGUCUGAGUGGUUUGUGGGGGGGACCUUUUAGAGUUGCAUGCCGGCGCAGGGCCUGGCGCGGGGCCUGGUGUGGGGACAGAGAGGGCCGAGCUACCUGAGGCAGUGCGCUGGAGCACGCGGUGUUUGAUAGCACUAGGGAAAGAAAAUGCAUGGCAAAGUUGUGUCUUCGGGUAGACUAUCUAGCAUGCGGAGUUUAGUGUGUGAAACAGUGUAUGACAUUGCUGUAUCAAAGUUGUAAAAUUAAGCAUUAUUUAUUGAAAACUAUGUAUUUUUUUGUAAAAACCUGAUCACAUAGAGAAUAUCAGUGGCUUGUGCUUGUGCUUCAAUCGAACCAGCUUCUUGACCGCCCUCCUUGGUAUGCAGUGUUAUUGCUCAGGGUUGAAAAUAGUACACUCCAAUGUCUCUUUUGCAAGAGCUUUUCACAGAGGAAUACACUUGUUCAAAAGACUCUAAUAAAAUUGUGUGAUCAAUCUCCACUUGUGGUUCUACGUGACUUUUCUCCAGUUCUGCAUUGGAUAACUACUGUCUAACGCCUAACGUGUUGUCUACAAGCUGAGGUUGCGGCCAGGCUGAAGAGGCCUGCUGGCUGGGCACCCAGCUGGGAGUGGAUGCUCUGGGCAGGUUGGAGUUAGAGAGCUGGGAGGAGCAUGGUGAUCAUGGCUUGAUAUUUUUAUCUGGCUGAUAGAGUGAAUAAAAGCAUAGACCAAGUAGAGAAGGGUAGGUUAAUAUGUUCUGUCAGAAAUGUAUGAAGUAGAAGAUGAAGGAAAAAUAUCAGGGGCAAUUGCUGCUAUUGAAUUCAAUGCCAGCAAACUAUUCCUCUGUGUCUUCUUCUCUCUUUCUCUCUUUUUUUUCCCUCUCUUUCUCUCUAAACAAUUUACAGUGUAAAUGUAUUUUGACAUAGAAAUCAUUCUGUAUUGAGAUUCUUGAUAUAAAAUGCUUUUAUGAAAGCC